AACUGCAAGUAUAAAAGCAGAUUUCAUUUUCAGAAGGUAUCAUACUCGUCAAACCAUAACUCAUCUCAGCUCACGAUGAAGUGCAUUGUGCUGUUGUUUGCUGUGGUCUCGUGCGCCUCGGCGUACUACUUCGUCACACCAAGUGCUUACUACGGCGGCGUUAGCCCUUACAUCUGGAGAAAGAAGCGGUCUGCCCCUGAGGCCCCGGCUGAUGACCAGCAAGCAGACCCUGCCCUGCUCUACAACAGCUACCUUGGCUACCCCUACUCUUCGUACAUCCACUACCUGAAGAAGCGCGAGGCCCCGGCUGAAGAUCAGCAGGCGGACCCUGCCCUGUACUGGAGCAACUACUAUGGCUACCCUUACUCUUCUUGGGCCCACUACCUGAAGAAGCGUGAGGCCCCAGCUGAAGACCAGCAGGCUGACCCUGCCCUGUACUUGAACAACUACUAUGGCUACCCCUACUCUUCGUACAUUCACUACCUGAAGAAGCGCGAGGCCCCUGCCGAGGACCAGCAGGCUGAUUCGGCCAUGUCUUACAUAAGCUACUAUGGAUACCCGUACUCUUCUUGGGCCCGCUAUUUCAAGUAGAUUGACGCCUAACUCGUGUUGACACCGACCCAUUGAAUAUGAUCCCGAUCGAUGCUGGACACAAUGCUGGAUGAUUGAGGCUCACGCGCGUCGCCACUGUGUUUGUCAAGUGUGUCUAAUGACAUUCACCUUGUUCAUAAUAAAACAUUGCAGUAUAA